UGCGUGAAUUACCUUCAAAGACAAGUAUAAUAUAGUCAAUUACUGAUCAUUACGGACAGCUGAAGGUUUAUGACAGCAGUUGCUUUUCGAAGGUUUAGAGCUACGACAGUGGGCUUUAGUUUACUGCUAAUGCUUUUGUUAGCUCAGAAACACUUCAUCAUGUUUUGCACUCCAAAGACACACUGCAGAAAUGGUCGCUCGCAUUUUAAGUAUUACGGGGUUUUCAUGGACAUCUGCCAGGACUGUGUGUACACAUAUUCAUUAGCUUUAAAUUAAGGACACACUGUACUUGAGCAGAGACUGGGUGGCGUGCCAACAUGCAGUGUUUGAUGGUUCAGGCCCUUGUCAUGAGACAAUUGGGAAGGUUAAAUCCCCGGCACCUAGUGGCUGCUGGUUAUGGACUUCGACACACAGAAUGGUGCCCCAGGACAAUCCACACACGGCAGCUGUGGGGCUGCUCUGUAGUCCCUGCAAUCAACUGUCAUAGACCCACCUUUCGUAGCAGAGAUGCUCUUAGAAGUUGGGCUGCUCAUCAUUUAAGGUUUAAAAGUACCAAGAAAAAAGGUUUUAGUCGAACUGGCCAGGCUGAGGAGGAAGAGGAGGAAGAAGAUGAAAAAGACCCAGAGGACAGUGAUUAUGAAGAAGAUAUGGAGGACUCAAAUGUGCCUAAAGACUACAAGGACAUGGAGAAACAUGUACAGUCUUUUCGUUUUGAUGCUGUACUGAAAGCUGGAUUGGACAUGGCACGCAACAAAAUUGAAGAUGCAUUCUACAGCAAUAAGUUAAGACUAAAUGGACAGAAACUGAUCAAGAAAAGUAAAACAGUAAAAGUCGGAGACACCUUAGACCUGGUUUUGGCAGAAAAUCGAGACACCAACACUGUUACAUUGAUGAGAGUUGUUCUUAGGAAAGUUUUUGCUGAGACCACCAGUACAGAGAAACACAAAAUUUCAUUAAGGCGCUGGAAAUCUCUUGAGCUUCCUAAAGAGGAAGCUUUAAAAUCAUGAACUUUACUUCAGACAUGUCAGACUCCGAUUCAGUUAUGAAAAAAUGUAAUUUUUGAACUUGUAAAAGGAUGGAUCUAGAUCUAUAUAACUGCAUGCACAAUUGCUGCUAAUUUUGUUGUUGUACAGGUAACCGUGUGCUAAUAAAGAUUUUGAAGUCA